AUGCGAUCUCAAUCAGCUCCUGUCAGCGCAUUUGCAGCCCGAAGGUCGCGGCAAAACUCAGUGGCAGUUCGGCAAACUACAGCUACGGUUCCUGAAUCUAUUUUAAGUGAAGAACCCCCAUUGAAAAGGACAAAAACUUCCUCUUCGAGACGUUCUUCGAGAGAUAAUUCCGAUAAAAGACCCGUAUCGCAGAGUGAAAACAUCACAAAAGGGAAAUCCAACUCCGCUACACCGGCAUUAUUCAGGGCGGAAAGCUCAGACAAAAUAUGCGCUACGGAAACGGCUGGAUAUCAGAGUGACAGUAGCGACGAGGAUGACGAUGUCGAAACAGAGGUUAGCAGUGAUGACCAAGAGAGUGAUGCACAUUUAACAAAUGCUCCGGCAGACUUUCAGAACUUCCUUUUAUCUAAAAGUCGCCUCUUGGCUAACAAUGGGAAGAAUUUGGCACUCAUAGGCCAGUACGACCUAUGGGUUAAGCGAGGUGUGGUUAGCAUAAUGGGAGCAAAAUUACAUCCAAGCCCUCGUCUAUAUAGAGUCUAUGCACCGUCCACGCACUCUCUUCCAGUGAUAAGAUGUGUUUCUGGAGUAGACGGCUAUGCAGAGGUUGAGAUCAGAUCUUGCAACAAUGGGCUGUACCGUUUGAAGAAUCUCUCAGACCUGUAUCAUCGGAUAUGCAAUAGCAAAAAGCCAGUCCCUGGUUCGGUUCUGCAGACGGAUGGAUCGUUCUCAUUCUCUAUUCUUCAUUCAUCUUCGGAUGACCCCCUGAAAAGACAUCUGCGGCCCCUGCAUCUUGACAGAAAAUGGAGCACGUCCAUACAGACCCUCUCUCAACGAGGAGCGGCUCUUCGAGUACUAACCUGUGGUCCCAAGGGGUCUGGAAAAUCAACUUUCAAUAAAUAUCUUCUUAAUCACCUACUGACCCUACCCCCAUCGGAUGGUAGUUUACAACAGGGCAAACGUGGAGUCGCUUUUCUAGAUUUAGACCCUGGUCAGCCUGAGCUGUCCCCAAUGGGCCAGGUCUACCUUGCCUGUCUACAUACACCAAUCCUUGGACCGCCGUUCUCGCAUCCUACCAUUGAUUCUCCGUCCGAUGGCUAUAUUAUAAGAUCUCAUUAUAUUGGAGCCUCCUCGCCAAAGGACAACCCAGACCACUACAUUGUGGCAACAAUGGAUCUGAUGAACCGCUAUCAUAAGUUGCUCCAAAGUUACCCUCAAUGUCCCCUUGUCAUAAACUACCCUGGGUGGAUUUUUGGCCUUGGCUUGGAGAUUGUCCUUUCAUUCCUUACUUCAUUGGGGCUUUCUGAUGUAGUAUAUAUGAGCAAUAAAGGCCCAGCUGAAGUCGUAGAACCGCUUACCGCGACAGCCUCGGAGGCUGGGGUUCUCAUGACCAUACUUCCAUCUCAGCCCACAGACUUUGUGACCAGAUCCAGCGCACAGCUGAGGUCCAUGCAAAUGAUUUCUUACUUCCAUUCGACACAGCUAAAGACUAGUGAAAGAACCUGGUCCGAUAUCCCGCUAUGUUUAACACGACCAGUGACUGUUAACUAUGCCGGAACCUCACCGGGGAUUUUUGGAAUAAUGGUGACGGGUUCACACCAUGACCUGGACAUGCUGAGCGAUUUGUUGGAUGGAGCCGUUGUAGGAAUUGUGGCAAUCGAAAGCCUUAAUGCAAUCGCGACUGGAAAAGAGCGAGAUGCAUCAGAUGACAAUGUUGUCACUGACCACAACGGCCAAAUUAAUGAGUCCAAUUUGGAUCCCGACGGCGAUUUGCCAAUAGACACAGAUGUCACAUUAAACAAAAGCCAAUCGCCAUCGUCGCCAAUCGAUCCACCGCAUCCUAGUAUCACCCGCACCCCACACGACAACCUCCCGCACUUAUUCGUUGGCAAUGGUGCCUGUACACCGCUCGACCCCAGCCUAUCUUACUGUCUAGGCCAGGCAAUUAUCCGGUCCGUAAACCCUCAAACACAGACUCUCGACCUUUACACCCCCAUCCCACCCCAUAAAAUCCGCGAUGCGUUGGAGCAAGGACACCAUAUAAUCCUAGUUCGAGGCCAGGUGGACAAUCCCAACUGGGCCAUUUCCGAGGAGUACUUUUCCGCACGUGCUGCACAACGUCGGUACCGAAGAAUGAUCGCGAAAGAGAAGGCGGAGGGAAUAAAACUUGAUACAGCAGAGCGGGAAAAACGAGAUGCUGUGUCAGAGCGGUUGCGGGAGCGGGUGCGGAGAGCGGGUAACGUACCCUGGAUGAGUUUGAAUGAACGUGCCAGGGAUGCAAAGGAGAACAGCGUCAAGAAUAUGUGGAGACUAUGGAAGAUGGCAUAUCCUUCAGAUUCGCGCAGUGGGAGCGAUAAGGAAUGGUGA